AUUCACGGAGUAACGAAUUUCCCGCUGGUAUAAUACUGCCGACGUGGCGGUGGUUACGGGAGAAUUUGCCAAUUCCCUCCCGAUUCUCUCUCUCUCUCGCCCAUUUCUAGCAAAAAACAGGGAUCGAAUCGAGAGCGCGAUUGCUCGUUCCUCCUCAGAUCGACUCCGGGUUUUGUGGCUUCUCUUCAAGAUUAUGGAGAUGUCGGUCCCUUUGGACCAGAGCUCUUUGAGGAUGAGAGUGGAUCCUCAGUUGACUGUUACAUCAAAUUGGACUAUCGAUGUUUCGGAUGUAAGAACAGUGAAAGUCAGCAACAUUUCCCUGGCUGCAUCAGAAAGGGACAUCAAGGAAUUCUUUUCCUUCUCAGGGGACAUUCAAUAUAUUGAAAUGCGGAGCGAAUCUGAAAGGUCGCAAAUUGCUUAUGUCACUUUCAAGGAGUCACAGGGAGCAGACACAGCAAUGCUUCUCUCAGGAGCAACUAUAGCUGAUCUUUGUGUCAGCAUUACGCCAGUUGAGGAUUACCAGCUUCCUCCUGAAGCUUACAAAGAGAUACCGGAAGGGAAGCUCUCGUCAAGUGAGUCUGCAGUGAGGAAGGCAGAGGAUGUGGUGAGCAGCAUGCUGGCCAAGGGUUUUGUCCUGGGCAAGGAUGCCCUCAGGAGAGCCAGGUCCUUUGACGAACAGCACCAUUUUAUGUCCGGCGCCUCAGCCACAGUGGCGUCUCUGGAUCGUAAGAUGGGCUUGAGUGAGAAGCUCAGCGUGGGUACGGCCAUGGUCAGCGGAAAGGUGAGGGAGGUGGAUGAGCGCUUCCAGGUGUCAGAGAUCACAAAGUCCGCCCUCAGUGCCGCGGAGCAGAAGGCCAGCAGUGCAGGAUCAGCCAUCAUGAGCAACCAAUAUGUGUCGACCGGAGCAACCUGGCUCUCAACUGCACUUGGCAUGGUGGCCAAGGCAGCCGGUGAUGUGAGCACGAUGACCAAAGAAAAGGUGGAGAAGGCUGAGGACGAGAAGAAGGAGAUCCUCUGCAGGGAGAGGAGGGAGAUUGUGAGCAACUUUGCGCAGAUUCACCUUGACGAGUCGUCUCUGGGGGAGCCUCCAACUAUGCCGGUGGACUCAGUGGAUGAAAAAAAGUUACAAAUCAUAUAAGUUCCUGGUUUUCUUUCUUCCUUCUUUUUCUUUUCUCCUCUCAUAUUGAUGAUUUUUGGUUUGCCGUUCAGAAUGAUUGGACAGAUGUAUCAUUUUUUUUUUUUUGGCAAUAUUGGAUGCUUCUAAUGUUGAUGAUGAUGUAUGUUCAUAUCAUCAUAUGAGGUAGCCUGUGAUUUUUUUUUUAAAUCUUGUUUUAUUUUGUUUCAAAUUUCGUAUAUUAAUGUAAGGAGGAGUUGUCAGUUUA